AUGCCCAACGACGACGCCUUCAGCAAGCCCUCUGCAUCUUCGGAGGCCCCGCACGCCGCCGGGGCACCCCCGCAGGGCAAGGCCGGGGGCUUUGGCAAAGCGGCUGGGGCGCUGCUUGGGAAUAGCGGUGGCGCGGGCGCCGGGGGCAGCGGCGGCGGCGGCUCAGGCUCGGGGGCGUCGGGCACGGGCUCCGGGAGCAAGAAGUCCCCGCGGCUGCCCAAGUGCGCGCGAUGCAGGAACCACGGCUACGCGUCGCCGCUCAAGGGCCACAAGCGCUUCUGCAUGUGGCGGGACUGCCAGUGCAAGAAGUGCAACCUGAUCGCUGAGAGACAGCGCGUGAUGGCCGCGCAGGUGGCCCUGAGAAGGCAGCAGGCCCAGGAGGAAGAACUGGGGAUAAGCCACCCCAUCCCGCUGCCCAGCGCUGCCGAGCUGCUUGUCAAGAGAGAGAGCAAUGGCAGCAACCCGUGCCUGAUGACCGAAAGCAGCAGCCCCUCGCAGCCCGCGCCGGCCAGCACCCCCACCACUGCAGCAUCAGAGGGACGCAUGGUCAUCCAGGAUAUUCCUGCUGUCACCAGCAGAGGGCACGUGGAGAACACACCUGACCUGGUGUCUGACCCCACCUACUACAGUAGCUUUUACCAGCCGUCUCUGUUCCCGUACUACAACAAUCUGUACAACUACCCGCAGUACUCCAUGGCCUUGGCUGCUGAUUCCUCUUCUGGGGACGUGGGAAGCCCCCUCGGGGGGUCCCCCGUGAAGAACAGCCUCCGGAGCCUCCCCGCACCUUACGUGCCUGGGCAGGCAGGAAACCAGUGGCAGAUGAAAAACUCGGAGAACCGCCACGCAGUGAGUUCCCAGUACAGGAUGCAUUCUUACUACCCGCCUCCCUCCUACCUGGGCCAGAGCGUGUCCCAAAUCUUCACUUUCGAGGAUGGCCCCUCUUACUCAGAAGCCAAAGCCAGUGUAUUCUCGCCGCCCAGCAGUCAAGAUUCUGGCUUGGUUUCCCUCUCCAGCAGCUCUCCUAUUAGUAACGAGAGCACAAAGGGAGUGCUCGAAUGUGAGUCUGCCUCCGAGCCCAGCAGCUUCACCGUCCCUCCCGUCAUCGAAGAGGACGAGUAA